CACACACACACACACACACACACACACACAUUACAAAAAACGGCGGAGUACGGCGCGGUGCUACGGGAUCGGAGUAGACGAAGAGCGGCGGUCAUUCAGAGCCCGACCAGCGCGCCGUGCACACUUCGCGCCUCCGUCCUCGAGUCCUCGUGUGUUCGCGGGACCGCUGGUAAAAGUUAGCAGCGUGGGAGAAACGACGAUUAUAACAAUACGUAAUUCGAUAUUCGUGAGAAAUAGUGCGCGGCGGCUUCGAGUUCGAUAUCGGGGAUCAGGAAGCGAGAAAGAGAGGGCGAGAGUGCCUGGGGUGAAAUUCGCGCCAUGGCCGGCGUCUGAGAUCGAUCCCCGAGUGCGUGGCGUCGCGUGAGACAGUUUAUCCCAUUCGACGACGACGACUACGGUGCCCAUCGACGAUCCUGUGGAGAAGAGGAAUCACGGCAAGGUCUACGAAACAGAAAGAAUGUCGAAAUCAGGAAGUAUCAAAGAUGGCGAGAAGGGACCCUAUGACCCAGUCCCUACCGCCGAAAAGGGCAACGACGAGAUCAAGUUGGAGGCGAAAAUGUCACUCCUUAACGGAGUCACCGUCAUCGUUGGUUCCAUCAUCGGUUCUGGCAUUUUUGUUAGCCCAACGGGUGUCCUCAAGUAUACCGGAAGUGUGAACGCGAGUCUUCUCGUUUGGACAGCGUCCGGAAUUUACUCCAUGAUAGGGGCCUACUGUUACGCCGAGCUCGGCUGCAUGAUCCGAAAGUCGGGGGCGGAUUACGCAUACAUCAUGGAGACCUUCGGGCCCUUUUUGGCGUUCGUCAGAUUGUGGGUCGAGUGCAUGAUAGUGCGUCCUUGCAGCCAGGCCAUCGUGGCCUUGACUUUCAGCGUCUAUGUCCUCAAACCGCUUUUCCCGGAUUGUACGCCGCCCGAUGACUCCGUAAGAAUGCUCGCCGUCUGCUGCAUAUGUAUUCUCGCGUUCAUAAAUUGCUGGGAUGUCAAAUGGGCGACGAGAGUGCAGGAUAUCUUCACGUAUGCGAAGCUACUCGCCCUUUUCAUAAUAAUCUUCACCGGAGCAUAUCAGCUUUGCACUGGGCACACGCAGUAUUUCACAUUCGAGAACAGCAACACGGAAGUCACGUCUAUAGCCCUCAGUUUUUAUUCAGGCCUGUUCGCCUACAAUGGUUGGAACUACUUGAACUUCAUAAUUGAAGAACUGAAGGACCCCGUUAGGAAUCUACCGAAAGCCAUCGGCAUCUCUUGUACUCUCGUUACUAUCGUCUACGUCUUCACGAACAUGGCCUUUUACACGACGCUCAGCCCGGUCGAAGUACUCGGUAGCGAAGCUGUGGCAGUGACAUACGCAAAUAGAUUGUUUGGAGUGAUGGCGUGGACGAUACCGGUUUUCGUGGCUCUAUCCACAUUCGGUGCGGUCAAUGGCAUUUUGCUCACAUCCUCGCGGCUUUUCUAUGCGGGUGCUUGCGAGGGUCAGAUGCCUGAGAUAUUGACGAUGAUCCAAAUUUCGAAGUUGACACCUGCGCCCGCCGUAAUAUGCAUGGUAAGCCGCACUUCUCUCCAAUUUUCAGGCUUAUAUACCUCGAUAAAAAUAAAUAAUAAAUCGGCUAGAGAUUACAAUAUCGAUCGAUAUAUUAAUAUAUCCUGCAAAAUACAUUAGCGAUCAAUAGCGUAA